AUGGCCUCAUUACAUCUAUACACUCGAACAGGGCCGCCGCCCUAUCCUAACCCCUUGAAUCUUCCUACGACUCCUCUUCAGCAAAAAGGCCUAGCUGCGCUUUUCAUCUUUCCGGCUUUAUCGAUCAUCAUUGUAUCUAUGCGCAUGUACAGUCGCGUGACCUCACGGACCGUUGGCUUAGAUGACUGGCUCGUGCUGGCAGCUUUGUUCUUUGCCUUGAUGAUGAUUGGACCUCUUUACAUGUUUAUGAAGCUCAACUACUGGGGAUUCCACGAGCGGGAUGUCCCAAAAGACCUCAAUCUGGCCGCUGGCUUCUGGUGGAACUUUCUCGUGCAGAUGUUCUACAAUCCCGUCUUGGCACUCGUCAAGGCCUCGAUUCUAGUGUUCCUCCUUCGCUUGGGUGGUCAUAAAACCAACGUGCGAUACGCCAUAUACGGGCUCAAUAUCUUCAAUGCUGCACAUGCCGUAGCCAUCUUCUUCACAGCUCUCUUCCAAUGCUGGCCCAUUGAGGCUAAUUGGGACUUUCCCCUGCGAAAGGAACCUGGCGUUCACUGCGUCAAUAACUGGUUCCAUGUCAUUGCAUCUUGCAUCACAAUCGUGACAGACUUCCUGGUCGUUGCGCUCCCUUUCUGGAUCUUCCUUGGCUUGACCAUGCGAUGGGCGACCAAGAUUGCUGUCCUGAGCGUGUUUUUGUUGGGUAGCGUAGUCGGUAUCAUUGGCAUCAUCCGUGUCGUCUCCAUCUAUCACCAACUCGUCCAGGGGCCGAGUCCCGGCGAAGACACCUUCUACUCCGUCCUUCCCGUCUGGGGUGCCGUCGAAACGAACCUUGCCAUCAUCUGCGCAUCGGUCCCUGCUCUCCGACCGCUUUUCCGACGAUGGUUCCCUGCUCUCUUUGGGGGAAGCUCAGACGCACCAUCUGGAACUCCAUACGGCGGCCGGUAUGCCAACAAUUCCCGCGGAACAGGUGGAAUGCGAUCACAUAACCACGAUGACAUUCGUCUGAAAGACCUUCGAGUUUCGCGAACCCAACAUACUGAGAUUCGCAGUGUUUCACCAACCGGAUCUGAGGAAGAGAUCAUGACAUACAACGGAAUUAUGCGGACUACAAAUGUUCAGGUUGCAUAUGAGAAUGCUUCAAAGGCCACUGUCUCAGAGUCGAGGACUUCCAGCGAGAUACGGUUCGAAAGCAAGGCGUCGGAGGUUAGGUCUGGGAUUUAG